GGACACAUCUAUCCAUUUCACUACCACUAUGUCUGCAAACCCAACUAACCCCCAGGACGAUGCUGAUAGAAUUCGUUUGAAACGUCUUGCGAAGUUGCAAGGCGCAGUGUCGAGCUCACCGAGCCCUACACCCCAACUCGCUGGACCGUCAUCUCCUGGACCAUCAUUUGUACCCACACCGGUCAGGACGCCAACACCAGCAAAAGCAGCAGCUGCUCCAUCUCCGAAGAGACAAGUAGAGACCCCUGUGACACCAAGUCCCGUACCAGCCAAGAAGAAGUCGCCGGCGACUCCUGCGCUUCUUGAUAUUGCUAGCUGGGAGGACGAGGUGAUCGGCCAAAUCUUUAAUGUGACAUUGAACAAAGACGCCGCCGAGAAGAGUGGUUGGGAGAUUGUGUGGCUGAAACAUCUUGCCGAGGAAUUACAAUCUGAGGUCUCAGAUGGACCCAUUCCUUUGUCUGCAGACAUCGCAGACCGUUUGCUCAUCUCUCGAUUGGAGCUCGAUCCACAAACCAUGACCGAUGAUCUUGACUAUCUUCCCGUACUCGCAUCAUUACCUCCAUCUCAAACAGUAUUUGAAUACUUGGUUGGGUGUUGGAGACGCUUGAACAAUGUCAAGUCAUCUCUUACCAGGAAGGGUUAUCCACCCGUUCAGACGCAGCAAGCGGUUGCCAAACUUGAAAGGGUUAAGGACCUUAUCAUCAGUUAUGCAGGGUUGAGUUUGCAAGAACCGGACAUGUUUCCCCAACCACUGGGGAAACCUAUUGGGCCUAUAGAAUUGGUGACCCCCCUCCUGUCCUUGUCUUCACUGUCUACACCUCUUCUUUCGGGUCCCACAGACUCGCUUCUUUCACCAACUGAAGUUGAGCCAUUCUUGCAAGAUCUCGCUCGUCGUUUCGAACCCGACAACGAAAUCGACGACGUACUGGGCCCGGUUGUCCAUGAUCUAUGCUUCCAUCCUUCACUAUUCCGCCCAGAAGGUUUGGCCGGAGGGGACUCAAGCUGGCGUGGUGUCAUCAGUGGUCUGGAGGUGCUUGUUGGUGUGAAGCCUAUUGCGUGCAUGAUCACAAGGUUGCCACAAUGGAAUCCACCCUUGGCGAAAGCACACUCUUUCGAAUUUACUAGUUUGUUCGGCCCCCUUUUGCGAUUGGGCGUAUUUAGUAGGGAAUGGCCUUCUAUUACGCACACAUAUUUCUCGAAUCCGACUGAUCGCAGACCUGGAGAGCUGGAAUCAGCCAUCGCCAGUCUCCGAGGGACGUUGAAGAGUCUUCAGUCUUCUCUGUUUCAAAUAUUCAACACCCUGGUUCGAGCAUCCGCCCAAUCUCGUGAGGCUGUGCUUCAGUACUUCGCCCGGGUUAUCUCCUUGAACGAACGCCGAGCAGGCAUGCAGGUGGAUCACACCACUGUGGCUUCGGAUACAUUCGUGGUCAACCUGCAGGCAAUUCUGUUCCGGUUUUGCGAGCCAUUCAUGGAUGCGAAUUAUACUAAGAUCGACCGUAUCGACAAGGACUAUUUCGCUCAAUCUGACCGUAUCAGUCUGAAGGAUGAGACCCGGGUGAAUGCUACUGCUAAGGAGGCAGAGGAAUGGCGACAGCAGCAACGAAGUGGCGAACCCAAGCUGCAGAACUUCAUCUCGGAUAUCUUCUACCUGUCCCUCACAUUGUCGCAUUAUGGUUAUUUGAAGGCGAUCUCCAGCUAUGAGGAGCUUCAAAAGGAGUAUGGCGAAAUGACUCGGCAUGCGGAGAUGCUAGAAGGUGACGGAUCGUGGAGAGGUUCUCCUUUGCAAGCCAGAGUCGAAUCUGCUCUGAAUGCGGUAAAAGUUGAGCAAGAGAAAGUCAGGGCGAUGCAGCUUGCGUACCAAACUCAGUUGGCCGAUCCCGAGCUUGUAUUCCGGUCUAUAAACUUCACGAACUUCGUGUCCACAUGGAUCAUCCGGUUUGUCGAUCCCAAGCACAAGCACCCUAAUCCGUUGGUAGAACUGCCGUUGCCUCAGGAGGUACCUCUUGAAUUCCGAGUGCAGCCUGAGUUUAUGCUCGAAGACGUGAUUGAUUACCACGAAUUCAUCAUGCGUGAGGCACCACAAAGCCUAGAGCUUUCUGGCAAGACGGAGAUACUUAUAUGGGUGCUUACAUUCCUGACAUCGACGUGGUACAUCAAGAAUCCGUUCUUGAAGAACAAGAUGAUUGAUGUUCUGAGUUGGGGUGUAGUUUCGUACGAUGGACGGAGGAGCAUACUGAACACCUUGGUCAACACUCAUCCUCUGGCUUUGAAGCAUCUGGUCUCUGCCUUGGUACACUUCUACAUCGAGGUGGAACAGACUGGUGCUCACUCGCAAUUCUACGACAAAUUCAAUGCUCGUCGGAGUAUUUCUUACGUUUUCCGUGCGAUCUGGCGCAACCCAGAUCAUAGGGAUGCGCUCAAACGUCAAGCUAGGGACAACAUUGAGAAAUUUGUACGAUUCGUCAACCUGAUGAUCAACGACGUAACAUAUCUCAUGGACGAAUCCUUGAGUGACAUGGCCAAGAUCCACGAGAUCCAGACAGAGAUGGCGAAUGCGCAAGAGUUCGCAAGGCGACCUCCUCAGGAGCGUCGUGAACGCGAGGGCACCCUACGGGGCCUUGAACGACAAGCAGGAAUCUACGUACAGCUCGGAAACUCCACCGUGGCCCUUCUGAAGGAGUUCACGGCGGAAAUAAAGGAGCCCUUCAUGGUUCCCGAAAUCGUCGAUCGUUUGGCUGCCAUGUUGGAUUACAAUCUGGACGCCCUUGUUGGACCUCGUUGUCAGGAUCUCAAAGUCCAGAAUCCCGAGAAAUACAAGUUCAAUCCUAGAGGACUUCUCAGCGAUCUCUUGGAAAUUUUCUUGAAUCUUAGUGAUCAAGGAGAGUUUGCACGGGCUGUAGCUGCCGACGGAAGAAGCUACCGCAAAGAACUCUUCGAGCGAGCCGCUGCCAUCGCAAGGAGGCGGAGCUUGAAGAGUGACGAUGAGAUUGAGAAGUUGAGAUUGUUUGUCGUUAAAGUAGAAGAGACGAAGGCGACACUUGAAGCUGAAGAGGAUGUAGGGGAAAUUCCCGAUGAAUACCUCGGUCAACCCCCUCAUGUACACACUCAUGCGCGAUCCGGUGACAUUACCAUCGUCGCACGCAGUCUUGGAUCGAUCCACAAUCAAGUCUCAUUUAUUGUCGGAUACCACAGAUCCUUUCAAUCGUGUGCCGCUGAAGCUGGAAGACGUAAUUCCAAACCUCGAGCUCAAAGCUCGCAUAGAUGCUUUCUUGGCUGAAAGGCGCAACAAGAACACUGCAUACGACACACCGGCCGAGAACAUCGUGAACAUGGACACUGACGCAGAUUAGAGCAAUUCAUUCGCAUUUGUAGCAUAGUAACCAAUAUUGGUUUGUAUAUCUGUACCAUUGAUGAAAUUUUCUGACGUUUGUUCUGAAUUUUGACGAAAACGAUGUUACAAUCCGAUCCUGCUCUGGUGAGCGACUACCUAUGAACAACAAUAUUACAAUACGAAAUGCUGAACGACGUUGAUAGAUGCAUAUACUACAAAGAUGAUUUAUGUGACGUUGACGAAAGUCCCUGAGUUC